AUGAAGGACGACCGGCUCAUCAUCGAACCCAACACAUACGGUUGCAACCAAGUACUACUGCAGAUGACGGAAUAUGGCGAGACCGACUCUUUCUUCGCUACCCUCCUGGGCGAUUCAGCUCCAUCCUGGCAGUUCUUGGCCAAGCUGACAGUCGACUACGACCUCGUCGUGCCGAGUGGGAAAUGUUACCUGCAGCACUUUCUUACACGCGGCUUCCGGUACGCGCCCCAUCACGACGUCACCGCUGUCGGUCAUCACACGGGGGACACUGAAGAGCAAAAGGAGCAGAGCGCCGUCAGCCGCGGCGACAAACUGUUCACCCGGACCGUCAACGAAACCGAGAUGGUGGCGAUGCUUGCGUCCCUCGCGAAAGCUGCGGGCCAGAUGGCCUCUCUCAAGCAGCUGCAGUUUCGGGCGGUUCUUCCGAUGCGGCUCCACGUCUUCCACGUCGAUUACUUUGAUUCCUAG